CUUUUUGCUUCCAUUGUAUUUUUGGUAGUCUCGUCAUUUUUGCCUGGGCUGUGAUCCUUGUGCUCAGUCCUCUCAGGUAGCUGGGAUGAAAAGAACACAUUACCACGCGUGUGAGCACUGCUUUCUGAGAAAGGCUGAGCGAGUGGCUUCUGGUGCGUGCCUGUGAUCACAAAGCGACGAUGCCCCCUGAGAACUUAGAGUGUGGGAGGGGCGCCCUCUCUUCCCUCUGUGCAGCCAGUCAGGAGCUUCCAAGGAUGGAAGUGUAAAACGUGGCAGGCAGGCUUGUCACUGUGCACAAGCUUCUCUUCCCAGCCUUCUCUACCUCCUAGCAGCACAGAAACCUCUGGGGAAGACUCAGCCAUUGCCAGCAUCCAGCCAUGGGGGACAUGAAAACUCCCGAUUUUGAUGACCUUCUGGCUGCUUUUGACAUCCCUGACCCCACCAGCCUGGAUGCCAAGGAGGCCAUCCAGACCCCCAGUGAGGAGAAUGAGAGUCCGCUCAAGCCCACAGGCCUGUGCAUGGAUGACAGCGUGGCCUUGUCGCACCCGGGGGCCGCCCCAGAUGUGCCUGCCGUGAGUGUCAUAGUCAAGAACACUAGCCGCCAGGAGUCAUUUGAAGUGGAAAAAGACCACAUCGCGCCCAGCCUCCUGCACAAUGGAUUCCGGGGCUCAGAGCUGCCUAUGGAGCCCCACCACUGUGGGAAGUUUGAGUCUGCUUUUGUCGUGAAUGGAGACAGCGCCAGGAGCUUCCCUGGCAAGCUGGAGCCUCUCAAGUCAGAGCCGUUACCCACCUUCAACCAGUUCAGUCCAAUCUCCAGCCCAGAGCCUGAGGACCCCAUCAAAGACAAUGGGUUUGUGAUUAAGUCCAAGCACACAGAUAGUUACUUCCCCCCGCCGCCUGGGUGUGGGGCCAUGGGGGGCCCGGUCCUUGAGGCUCUGGCUAAAUUUCCAGUGCCAGAGCUGCACAUGUUUGACCACUUUUGUAAGAAAGAGCCCAAGCCAGAGCCCUUGCCCUUAGAAAACCGUCAGGAGCCAGGGCAUGGGGGACAAAAGGCUGUGGAGCCUCACAAGGAGUUGGACUCCAGCCGGUUUUUUGGGGAAGCCUUGGGGUUCAGUAGCCCCAACAGUACUGGAGAGCCCAAGAAGCUUGCUCCAGAGGUCAGUGCUUGCUCCUCGGUUCCCCCCAGGCAGCGCCUGAAGCCAGCACACUCCAAGCUAUCCUCUUGCGUUGCAGCACUGGUGGCCUUGCAGGCUAAGCGGGUGGCCAGUGUCACCAAGGAGGACCAGCCUGGCCACCCCAAAGAGCCCUCAGGGCCUGUUAAAGAGGCCUCUAAAGGCAGCCCCAAAAUGCCCAAGUCACCAAAGAGUCCCCGGAGCCCUCUGGAGGCCACGAGGAAAAGCAUUAAGCCAUUGGACAGCCCUCAUAGCGCCAGCCCUCGCAGUGCCUGCAGUGACAGUAGCAGCAGGGGCUCCCCGCCAGCCAUUCCCAAAGUCAGAAUCAAAACCAUCAAGACAUCAUCAGGGGAAAUCAAACGCACUGUGACCAGGGUCUUGCCAGACCCCGAUGACCCAAGCAAGUCCCCCGGUGGGUCCCCCAUGGAGAGUGCCGUCACUGAGGCGCCAGGCAAGGUGCCGGGGGAUGAGGGCCUGGCCCUGCCCUCAGAGGAGCCCCUGGAGGUGGGCACAGACUCAGCGAACCUCCGGGGGGACAGUGGAGGGGAUGAGAGUGCUGGACCUCGGGUCCCAAAGGGUGUAGUCCUGGGCUCACAGGCAGGCAAGAAGCAACAGAGCACAGUACUGCAGCCCACGACCCCGGCCCCAGCCAAUCUCCUGCCCAAAGCUGUGCACCUGGCCAACCUGAACCUGGUUCCACACAGUGUGGCAGCGUCUGUGACAGCCAAGUCCUCCACCCAGGGCCGGGGCCCGCCGCAGCCCACGCACAUGUCUGUGCCCCUGGUCCACCAGGUGCGGAAGGCUGCGCCCCUUAUUGUGGAGGUCUUCAACAAGGUGCUCCACAGCUCCAACCCUGUGCCCCUCUAUGCGCCCAACCUCAGCCCGCCUGUAGACAGCAGGAUCCACGUGCCGGCCAGCGGCUACUGCUGCCUGGAGUGUGGGGAUGCCUUCGCCUUAGAGAAGAGCCUGGGUCAGCACUACGCACGACGCAGCGUUCACAUUGAGGUGCUGUGCACGCUCUGCUCCAAGACACUGCUUUUCUUCAACAAGUGCAGCCUGCUCCGGCAUGCGCGUGACCACAAGGGCAAGGGCCUCGUCAUGCAGUGCUCACAGCUGCUGGUGAAGCCUAUAUCCGCUGACCAGAUGUUUGUGCCCGCUCCCCUGAACACAGCCAUGGCCCCUUCCUCCCCCAAGCCAAGCUCCACUUCAGGCGGUGCUGCUCCUCUGCUCCCAGCCUUGCCCCUCUACCCAGACCCUGUGCGGCUCAUCCGGUAUGGAACCAAGUGUCCUGAGUGCCACAAGCCUAUGAGAGACUACAUGGUGCUGGCCACGCAUUUCCAGAGGGCAGCUGAUGAGACUGAGGGUCUGACUUGCCAGGUGUGCCAGAUGUUGCUGCCCAACCAGUGCAGUUUCUGUGCCCACCAGCGGAUCCAUGCACACAAGUCCCCCUACUGCUGCCCAGAGUGUGGAGUCCUCUGCCGCUCGGCCUACUUCCAGACCCACGUGAAGGAGAACUGCCUGCACUAUGCCCGCAAGGUGGGCUACAGGUGCAUCCACUGUGGUGUUGUCCACCUGACCUUGGCCUUGCUGAAAAGCCACAUCCAGGAGCGACACUGCCAGGUUUUCCACAAGUGUGCAUUCUGCCCCAUGGCCUUCAAGACCGCCAGCAGCACUGCGGACCACAGUGCCACCCAGCACCCUGCCCAGCCCCACAGGCCCUCCCAGCUCAUUUAUAAGUGCUCCUGUGAGAUGGUCUUCAACAAGAAGAGGCACAUGCAGCAGCACUUCUACCAGAGUGUCAGCGCCACACAGGCCAGUGUAUUCAAGUGCCCUGAGUGCCCUCUGCUGUUCCUGCAGAAGCCUGAGCUGAUGCAGCAUGUCAAGGUCACCCAUGGUGUUCCUCGAAAUGUGGAUGAGCUGUCCAGCCUGCAGUCGUCAGGGGAUGCGUCCUCCAGCCGCCCUGGCCCUCGGCCUCCCACCGAGCCCCCCGCCUCCAGUGUGGCUGCUCGAGGCAGCACCUUACCCUCCAGCCGCUGGGGCCGGCCUGAUGCCCAUCGCAGGGCUGAGGCCAGACCCCGGCUGAGGGCCACAGGGUGGACCUGCCAGGAGUGCCAGGAGUGGGUGCCAGACCGAGAGAGCUAUGUGUCCCACAUGAAGAAGAGCCAUGGCCGGACGCUGCGGCGGCACCCGUGCCGGCAGUGCGGGCAGUCGUUCCACACCCCCAGCAGCCUGCGCAAGCACGUCCGCAACAACCACGACACCACAAGGAAGGUCUACACCUGCGGGUACUGUGUGGAGGACAGCCCUAGCUUCCCUCGGCCCUCCCUCCUGCAGAGCCACAUCAGCCUUAUGCACGGCAUCAGAAGCCCCGACUUGAGCCAGACAUCCAAAGCCAGACCUCCGGGCGAUCAGUCCCCUCAGGUGAACCAGCUGAAAAGAACAGCCAGUGCAGGGGAUGCUCCGGGCACCAGCAAUGGCACUACUGUGUCUUCCAAAAGGCACAAGUCGCUUUUCCAGUGUGCAAAAUGUGGCUUUGCCACAGACUCAGAGUUGGAGUUUCAGAGCCACGUACCUCAGCACCACGUGGACAGCUCCACAGCCCAGUGUCUCCUCUGUGGCCUGUGCUACACCUCUACCAGCUCCCUCAGCCGCCACCUCUUCAUCGUCCACAAAGUGAGAGACCAGGAGGAGGAGGAGGAGCCGGAGGAGGAGAAUGCGGUAAAGGUGAAGGUGGAGGCUGCAGAUCCAGAGGAAGGCUCUGCAGAGGAGGUGGCCAUGGAAACAAAGGAGAAUGGACUAGAAGCAUGUGCCACGGAGCCCUUGCUGGCUGCCCCCAAAGCUCAAAGAUCACUUGGCGUGGCCUUGGCAGAGGGCAGUGCCCAGGAUGCUCAGAGCCAGUCACAGGCCUCUCAGGACCAGGACAGCCUCCCGCUGUCUGCUCAGGUGUGACCAGAGGCAUGGUGGUGCAUGUGGUCAAGCUGUGCAGACCACAGGGGCCCUCCUGAGCUGCAGGUUUGGUGUCCCCUCUCCCCAGGAAACAUGGGAUUGCCUGGGACCCUCACAGCUCUGAAUUUGCUUCUGUUAUUUAUGGCUUUGUGCUGCUUCUUGGUCUCCACCUCUGGCCUGUGUCCUUCCACCCCAGGCUGUAUGUGUGGCCCCCAAGGCCGCCCCCUCAGCCACUGUGCUUUCUGGGUCCCUGCUUGCUGCCUUCAGCCAGGGCCUCCCCAGGCCCCUUCCUGCACACACCAGCUCUCCUUCCUGCACACACCAGCUCUCCUUCCUGCCUUCAGGGCCUGUGAAGGAGGAGAGUGAAGGGUGCUGACCUAGUCCCUGCCAGGGCCCCUGGUCACCUGCCCUUCCUGCCCGUCUUCUCUGCCUCUUUCCUCCAGAGCAGUCCCAAGGACUGACUCGCCCUGGUUCAUGGCUCAGCGGAACAGGCUUCUGCACCUGUUUGGAACUGGGGGGAGUGGGGGAAGGAGGUAUGGCCAUGGCAGGCAGGUGCCAAGACCCAGACGCCCCCAGAAUGAGUGUGCCAGGCCUUUGCACCCCCUGCCCAGUGGGCGUGGGGAGCCUGCCUCUUUGCUCCUGUGCCCUUAGAGGCCCGAGGCCUGGGCAGGCAGCCCCUCCACCUCCCAGCUGCAUACUGUUGCUCAGAGUAAAUUUCAAAUAAAAGAUCUUCUUAUGGUGCAGGUAGGCUCUUGUAUUCCUCUUGGGGUGAGCCUGGCCCUUCCCUGUUCCCCCCUGAGGAUUUUUCCCAGAUGCUCCUUGUCCAUCCCUUCUAGAGCAGUGCUUCCGAUCCAAGGCAGGGCUCUCCAGGCUCAGGGGCCCAGGUUUCUGGGCUCUGUAGAGCUGAAGGAGCAGAGGGUUCCAGCAGCAGUCAGGCGCUUCCCUCAGGGUCUCUCCUGGCCUUAAAGCCUGUCAUCUCCAUCUUUCCUACAGAAGGGCUUUCAGCCCCGGAGAGUCCUUACUGGUGAGGGGUAGAGAGGAGCGUACACCAUUUUGCCACAGCAUUCCGAGGCUGUGUUCCCUGCCAUGCUAACUGGGCAGAGCUGGAGAAGGCAGACAGGCUGGCGGGGGAUGGGGGUGGGGUGGGGGGGGGUUUCUCUGUCCUUCCCGAGUGGUAGGAAGGGGCCGCAGAUCCUGUGGGGACAGGGAGGUAUGAAUAUUAAUUAUGAAUCAUGCCUGACCUUUCCACAAUUGAAAAAAGUACACGUUUGUUUUCUAUCAAAUGCCACAUUUUUAGUGAAAUACUAACGGCAGUGGGAAAGGUUAGUGUCUGCUUCUGUUCAGAGAGCCUCUGCUGGCUGGACUGCUUUAAUUAUUACUGUUCUUGGCAAGGCUCUGUGGCCUCACUUCCCCAACUGGCAGUGGGGAUACCCCUGCUUCUUUGAGCUGUCUGCUAGGCGCCUAUUGUCCCAGCCUCCAUUUCUAAGAGCAAGGUCUCAGAGGCUGACAGAGGGAUGGGUACCCAUGCCCGGCUUGUGGCUGGGUUGUGGGGAGAUCGCAUGGCAGCUGCCUCCUCCCUGGCUGGUGUGUGAGCCGCUUCUGGGCCCCUGCCUUGACCGAGACCCAGCAGUUCCCACCCAGUUCUCCCCACAAUUCUGUGAGCUCGGAGCAUGAGGGGCUUGGAUGGCAGAGUGUCCCCCGCAGUGCCACUUACCAGUUAAGAUGGGUCUGGCAUUCCAUUCAUUUAGCAGUUGUGACAGUAGCUUUCUGAGCUCUGCUCGUGUGCCCAGCAUCACACCUCUGGGUGACUCAGUUACUCCUCACAGACCUCAGUUAUUCUCCCAUUUCACAGAGAAGAAAACCGGGGCAGGGAGGUACAGUGACAUCUGCAGAGUCACACCUGUCACUGUGCUGCCUGGUGGCCACGGCUGCCUCCAGCCUUCUGCUCCACUCCCCCAAACACCAUCCGGUCCUCUCUGGAGCCCAUCCGUGGCUGCUUGCCCCAGGGAGGGCCCUGCCAACACCCCUGCUCCUCCUGCCCAUGAGGCCUCCUGCAGCAGCCCCACCAUUGUUCUUCCUCCUGGGGAUCCCCUUUGCCAUCUGAAGACCAUUGGUGUUGAGGAUUCUCGAGAAGGUUGCCUGACCUCACAGUCAGUGCUUCUGAUCCCUCCCGGCAUUGUUCAUGGUCGUGCUAUCGCUGACUACCCUGGGGCGGGUGCUGGCUGGCAUUGAAGUGCUGCAGCCAGCACUCUGCUGAUCAAAUCACACAGAUAAAAUCCGAACCUGUAUGCACUGUGAGGCUCGAGGAAUGACUAGUAUUUAUUCUCCAAGUGCUUUAUCUCUGUAAAAUGACAUGCCAAUUGUAGAAAGAACUUUCCCCUUAACUUAUGUAAACAGUCUGGCUUCUAAAAACUUUGGAAGUUCCAUCCUUUGCCUUCCCUAAGACUUCCCUUUCUCUCUGUAUAUUCACAGCUGGCAGUUUCUUUUAUUUUUUGUUUGUUUUGGAAACCAGAUGCAUAUCUAUGGUGAGACAUUUACCAGUACAAAAGAAUAUAUGAUGAAAAGUAAACUCCCAGGGACAUCAUCGCCUUAGUCCCGCCUCCCCCCACCCCCACCCAAUCACUGUUGCCUGUGUCUUGUGUAUCCUUUCAGAGUAAUUCUAUGCAUUUACAAGUUUAUAAAUAUGUAUAUUUAUAUAUCUAUUUUUAAUACAAACAGUAGCAUUCUA